UGCGCAGUAUGCCUGGGACAUAACCUGCACUGUACCAUCGAGUGCGCCACCAUGCAGACCUGGGACAAACAGUUUGACACCUUCGCGGAGCGCAUCUGCAAAGCCCUGUGGUCCAAAGACAGUAAACAACUAUGUACAGCAUGGCAAAGGGAAGAAGGUUGUACCAUCCCCAAGCAUGAUGCACGUCAUAUCUGUUCCAGAUGUGGAGCCACCUUGCAUGGAGCCCAGAGGUGCCCUCGAGCACAGAAA